AUAAGAUGACUUAAAUAGCAUAUCUCACCAAGAACUGAAAAUUACUAAAAGAACGCUUCAGAAAAAGAAUCUCUCAAAAUCUCUUAAUCUUCUUCUUUCCUUCAACAAGAACAAAGUCGUAACUCGCAAACCCAUCAACUCUCAGUCUUUCUGCACUAACGAAUUAACCCAAAUUUCUUCUUUUUUUUUUUUUAAAUAAAUACCUUGAAAGCCAUGGCGGGAAUCCGAUUGGCGCCCGAAGAGUCACCGGACCCAACCCAGCAACAUCCGCCGUCGCAGCAACAGCUGCAGACCGGUCGAGAAGUGGCGUCCGACGACGAACGUUCGGUGGCUGCGGAUUCCUGGUCUAUAAAGAGCGAUUACGGAAGCACACUUGACGAUGAGCAGCGCCACGCUGAUGCCGCCGAAGCCCUCUCCUCCGCUGCCAAUUUCCGUGCCGCCUCCGAUUACAGUUCUGACAAGGAUGAACCAGAUGCUGAUGCAAUGACAUCAAUGCUUGGUCUUCAGAGUUAUUGGGAUGGUGCAUAUGCAGAUGAGCUGGCGAAUUUUCGUGAACAUGGCCAUGCUGGUGAAAAUUGGUUUGGAGCUGAUGUCAUGGAGACUGUUACUUCUUGGACCAAAAGCUUGUGUAUUGAUAUUUCUCAAGGUCACAUGCCAAAUCAUGUUGAUGAGCCCAAGCCUGAGCCUGUUGAACAGGGAGAUAAAUAUUUGUCUUGCUGGAGUGUACUAGACGUUGGCACUGGCAAUGGUCUGCUCCUUCAGGAACUUGCUAAGCAAGGGUUCACAGAUUUGACGGGAACAGAUUAUAGUGAAGGGGCGAUUGACCUUGCUCGGAGCCUUGCUGACCGAGAUGGAUAUUCAAACAUCAAGUUUCUGGUUGAUGAUAUUCUUGAGACUAAGUUGGAAAGGCAGUUUCAACUUAUAAUGGAUAAGGGGACUCUUGAUGCCAUUGGCUUGCAUCCUGAAGGGCCUAUCAAAAGGAUCAUUUAUUGGGAUUCAAUUUCCAAGUUGCUGGCCCAUGGUGGAGUAUUAGUGAUUACAUCUUGCAACCAUACAAAAGAUGAAUUGGUGCAAGAGGUGGAAAAUUUCAAUCAAAGAAGUAUUGCAAUGCCCCAAGAGUCAAAUACAAUCAAGGACCAAGAAACACAGAGAGACCGUUCCCCAUUCCAAUAUCUGAACCAUGUUAGGACUUAUCCAACAUUCAUGUUUGGCGGAUCUGUGGGAUCACGUGUUGCCACUGUUGCAUUUCUACAUAACUAAAAUCGAAGCUUAGGUCUUUGUUAAGGGUUUACACUUGUCAUUUGUUGUGGUUGAAAUGGGCAGGUGCGUUCAUACAAAAUGGCACUGGAUAGAUAUUGACAUUUUAAACUUCAGAUAUCAUAUUCUUCCUCUAGGAUAGGAUGCUCUUUUAUGUUUUUUCCACAAAAGUUACUGGUGUAGCUGGUGGUGAGAUUAUCCUAGGCAAUUUAGUACCAUACUUUGUUUAAUGUUAUCCGAUUGGGUUCCUGAUUAUGCCUUCUAGCUUGCAUGGAGCCGCCAUGGUGGUUCAUGUGCUUCUCUUGCUUGUUUGGUUUCUUGACUGUUUAAUGCAGAAGUAGAAACAUUAGACAAUGGAAUUGAUUGCAACAUUUUCAGUGUUUCAUUUCCUAUUUGUAGUGAAUGGCUUAUCCUCCAUAGCUGAAUGG